GCGGGAGCCUCCGGGGGGCGGGCGGCGCUGCCCCGGCGCGGGCGGGCUCUGACCCGGCGCCAUGUGGGGCGGGCGCUGCUCACUGCUGCUGGCCGCGCUGGGCUGGCUGCUGCCGGCGGGAGCGGCGGGCAGCGGCGAAUACUGCCACGGCUGGCUGGACGGGCAGGGCGGCUGGCGGGACGGCUUCCAGUGCCCCGAGCGCUUCGACGGCGGCGACGCCACCAUCUGCUGCGGCAGCUGCGCGCUGCGCUACUGCUGCUCCAGCGCCGAGGCGCGCCUCGACCAGGGCGGUUGCGACAACGACCGGCGGCAGGGCGGCGGCGAGCAGGGCCGGCCCCGCGACGGGCCCGACGGGGCGGCAGUGCCCAUCUACGUGCCAUUCCUCAUUGUCGGCUCCGUCUUCGUCGCCUUCAUCAUCCUGGGCUCGCUGGUUGCCGCCUGCUGCUGCCGCUGCCUGCGGCCCAAGCAGGAGCCCCAGCAGAGCCACGCUCCUGCCGGCUCCCGCCUGAUGGAGACCAUCCCCAUGAUCGCCAGCACAGGCACAUCACGCGGCUCCUCCUCGCGCCAGUCCAGCACUGCCGCCAGCUCCAGCUCCAGCGCCAAUUCGGGGGCCCGUGCCCCCCCGACCCGCUCGCAGACCAACUGCUGCCUUCCCGAGGGCACCAUGAACAAUGUCUACGUCAACAUGCCCACCAAUUUCUCGGUGCUCAACUGCCAGCAGGCCACCCAAAUCGUGCCACACCAGGGCCAGUUCCUGCACCCACCUUAUGUGGGCUACGCUGUCCCGCACGACGCGGUGCCGCUCGCCCCUGUGCCCCAGUUCCUGGAUGGGCUGCAGGGCGGCUACCGGCAGAUCCAGUCUCCGUACCCCCAUGCCAGCGGAGAGCAGAAGAUGUACCCGGCAGUCACCGUGUAGCUGCCUGCCACGGUGCGUUUGUAAUUUCCAAACUGAGCAGAGGAGAAAUACUUCCUUGGAACGCGGCUCCCUGAACAGCGCUUGUAAAUAAUUUGGGAAGGCUCAUGCAUGUCAGGCAGUGUUUAUAAACCAUUUAUUCUCGUCGAGGUCCGUUGCCAGAACUGUAGGAUGAUACCGCUGAAUUAACGUUUCCAGAUACGCUUUCAUUCCUGUGCAUGAUUUACAGUGGCAAAGGAUUAUGCUGGAAAUGCAUAUGCAUUUCAGAUCACUGUGCUUGUGAGAUAAUGCCGCAGCCAUUAAGUGCCCUUCAGGUGUGACAUGGUCAGAAGUAUUUGCCUAAUUAGUUUGCGGAAGAGCUUUGUUACACAGAACAGAGCGCAGUGCUCACAAAGCCUUUCUCCUCUCCUCAUCCUGUCUCCUAGUGACAUUUCCCACUGCUUCACAGACAGUGACAGAGCUGGGCAGAGCAGCCAUCAUGUGCUUGGUUCCUGGUUCCAGCUGCUGUGGCCUUGUGGGGUGCACUGCCAUGUGGUGCUUGCUCCUGUGAGAGCAGCUUCCCCCGUAUUUAUGUAGGAAUUUCUUUACGUAGCAGUGCACCAAUUGCUCAGCUCCUACUUGCAGUGCACUUGAAACCCUUCUUGGUUUGAUGUUGCCUCCAGGCUGACAACCAGUAGUGGUUGGCACACGCUUGCUUCUUCUGCAUGAACUUCUACUAUGAGCAGGGUGUGAGGUGCCUGCUCCUCCUGCCACCAGCACUGCUUUCAGGACAGCGGCUGA